AGUGGGGAACUCAUUUGAAAGGAGUUUUCUUUCUGAUAACACAAAUACGCACUCACAAAAAAUUACCAAAAAAAUAUGCAGCGCAGCGUGAUCAAACUCUCCGUGGGUCGUAGUGGCGCACUUGCCGCCUCUCUUCUUCUCCGCAGCGACGCUCAGCAGGUGCGCGCCGCUGAUGCUGCGCAGCGCCAUGAGGUAGAGGAGCAGGCUAAGAGCUUCCAGAUGCACCCUAUGGUGGAUCAUCCCCGCUCGUCUUUCGAGUACAAGAGCAGCGCGAAGGGUGCGGAGGUUGGUGCACGUAACGAGGCCGCCUUCAUGAACUACGAACCUUUCAGGCCGAAGACUCUCACGGGACGUCUUGUGAUGCCAGGCAACAUUAACCUGCUCACCGUCUCACCUUUGUACUGCGUUCUCUUAUGCGUUGCGUCCGCUACCUGGGGUGUGUUCUACUGGGAUAUGUACUGCCGUAAGAACUACGAGACUGUUCUUAUUGCUAGGCCGAAGGGUCUGUAA